AUGCUCAAGAGCCAGAACCGUAGAGUUAAGUGGCUUUGUGAAUUAGCCCACAAAUACCGGAAAAUGCUAGCGCUUGAGAGCUCAUUGAACAUCUCCACUUCCAUUUCAGGGAUGAGUGUCACCUCUGAAGAUAAUCUGAGUUCUAAUGCAAAUGUGGUCGUUGAGCCUAUUAUGGAUAUUGCUGAGGUGUCUAUUGACAAAGAGGUUGAAGAUGAUUGUUUUCCUGAGACGUCCUUAGAGGCUCCGUCCUCAGAACUUUUUGAAGCACUCUGCUUGAAAGGCCUGCCUCAACGGUUCCAUAUGCCAGCACCCAGAACGCUUUGUAGACCAUCAGCUCUGAGGUGGACCAAGCCCUGCUGCACCAGAUCAUGUAAUGAGACUCUGGAGCACAUCAUCACCAUCCAUUAUUCAGAAUGUCAGAAGUCAUAUUCUGUGAGCAACCAAACUUCAAUUAUUGUUGCCUGGGGUGGAGAGUCUCUUAAAGAAACUCAUGCCUGUCUAAGAAGCCAGGUUUUGCCUAAAUGCCAAGCUUGA